UGAAAACCUUUGCUUUCACUUAGAAAAGCUAGGAAUAAAAGGCAGAGGCACAAUGCUAAGCACAGCAUUAUUCUGAUGACUUUAAACUACUGAGAUUCGCCCUUAAUGAAAGUUGAAUUAUGAGAGAAGGAACAGACAACUCUGCGAGUGAGCAGGUGGUCAGUGUCUGGGUGCGGGACCCGCGGAUACAAAAGAAUGACUUCUGGCACGCCUACAUAGACUAUGAAAUUUGUUUACAUACCGACAGCGUCUGCUUCACCAAGAAGGUCUCCACCGUGAGGAGGAGGUACAGCGAGUUUGUAUGGCUUAGGCAGAAACUACAAGCAAAUUCACAGCUAAUGUUUCAUCUUCCUGAGCUGCCCGGGAAGAAUCCCUUCUUCAGCCUGAACAGCGCCCGACAGAUCUCUGAGCGUAUGACAGGGCUCCAGGGUUUUCUGAAACAGAUCGUGCACAACCCUCUGCUGCUGUCAGACAGCUGCUUGCACCUCUUCCUGCAGUCAAAGCUCAGCGUGUCCAAGAUCAAGGCCUGUGCUGCUGGAAGGACCCACUUCUCUGUGGCGCAGGCGGUGGAGCGCUGCGGCCUGAGAAGAUUCCACUCCUUAGACGAUCUGCAGAAGAUAUGCUGCGACUCUGACUCUGACAGCUCAGAUCCAGAGCCUCAGAAGAAAGAUUUGGAAAUAAAGAAAGCAGCGAGUGCAGCUUCACUUGACUUCAUGGGAAGCAGCCAGGGGAAUCUCUCAGCAGCUCAUCUGACUCUACAUGAAAACACCAUCCUCAUCCCGUAAGGAGGAAAGCUGGCUGUUACCCCAUCAUAUUGCACUUUUGGAAACUUGUUUUCUCCUAAUUAUUGUCUUCUCGUUUAUGCAUUUUAUGUUCAGUGAAUAACAAUAAAAGAAUAUCCAAGAAGAGUUGUUUACCACUGUGUUCUGUCUGUGGUGGCAUCCACUUACCUGAAGAUGGCAGUGUUGCUACAUCCAUCUGUUUGUAACUGUCUUGUAUUUACUUCAUAAACAAACCUAACAGAA